AUGUCUUCCACGUCGUGGAACCCGGCCGACUUGCUCAACCCCAAGGCUGCAGCUGGAUCGUCUGGUACAGCCCAGCCUGGUGAAGGCGCCUCGUCAUCCACGCCAGGCCCUUCGCAACCAUCCGAGCAGCUCACCUUUGAGUUCACCGGUCCCGAUCAAACGCCCAUGGAGCUGAGCGCCCCGACCGGGUUGGCUAGUAAUCGUACCAUGCCCAUCUUCAAGAACGGGUUGGGUGCUCAACAGAGUAUCGAGCGCCUUCACAAUGUCCAGGAGCGCAUUAUGGUGCCGCCGCCAAAGAGGAGGAAGACAGCCAACGAGAAUGAUCCUUCACUGCCUGCAAAUAGUAUUUUCUUCUCACCCAGCAGCGGCAUCCUGGCUCAGCACAUCAAAGACCGAUCCGAUGGACCCUCACAGUCAUCUGCGGCCCCGGUCCCCGGCGCUACAAUUGACUUGACCGAUGACACUGACGUCGAUUUCAUUCCCCGCAGUCCCCAACAGGAGGAGGUCUGUUUUGGAAUGGUUGAGGGCGCCUUCAUCAAAGGCCACAUGAUCCCAGCCCCGAAGCCUAACAUGAUCUCUAUGGGCGGUCCUGCUUUUUGGCCUCAAGUCAAGAUUCUGCUCAAGAGAACCCCGGGCGAUCCAACCACCAAGAUUUAUGCCCAUGAUUGGCAAAAGCGCUGCAUUGGCUUGGUUGAUCCCAAGACGGCCAGCGUUCUUGCUCCUCUCAUGGACAUGGCUGGAACCUUUGGGACACGCACUGACUGCAGAAUCCCCGUCCGACGCAAGAAUCCCGGCGAAGAGGUUGGGCAGCAGGUGUCCACCCAAUUCAAACUUGAGUUGAUGAUUUAUGGUCUUCGCUCCUUUGCUGAUAGAGUGGGUAAACUGUUGCAGCGGAAGAACAUUAAUCUUCUUAGUCCGCCGCGAGUCGAGUCCGGCGUUAAAGUCUUCAACCCUCUGGCCAAGGAGAACCGGCCGCAGCUGCCUUCCCUUGCCCGCGUUAACAAUGUCGUCCAGUAUCAGGCUCCGCCCAUGAUCAAGUCGGUAGAAGAGAUUCGGUCCGAGGUCCUGGGUGUUUUCGACUCCCUCCCCAAGUCGGACGAGCUGCCGGAGUUGGAUCCUCCUCCCUCUAUUUUAACACCGCUGCUGAAGCAUCAGAAGCAAGCUCUGUUCUUCAUGUCUUCUCGGGAGUCUGAGCAAUUGCCAGACGCUGAUAGCAAGGCUCCCGUCACAUCAACAUGGAAGCGCAGGACAAAUCAGUUCGGCACCACGGUCUACUACAAUGUGGUCACCAACCAGGAGGUGAUGGAACCGCCCCCUUCGACUCUUGGCGGCAUCCUUGCCGAUAUGAUGGGCCUCGGCAAGACGCUCAGCAUUCUGUCUCUCUUGGCCAAGACUCUGGACGAGGCGCAGGCCUGGUCACAACGUGAGCCCCUCCAGCCCGUCGUCCAGAAUCAGAGGCCACAGAAGAGCCAUGAAGCCCCCCGCGCGCAGGUUUUGCCCCUGUCUCAAAUUCGCCGGAAUGUGAAGGCCACUUUGCUGGUGUGCCCGCUGAGCACAAUCACGAACUGGGAGGAGCAGAUCAAGCAGCAUAUCGAACCUGGAAAGCUUAAAUACUACAUCUAUCACGGCGCCAACCGUAUCAAGGACUCUGCCCAGCUGGCCAGGUACGAUCUGGUGAUCACAACUUACGGAUCCGUCACAAGCGAGCUCAACGCACGUCUCAAGAAAAAGCCGGGCCUCUAUCCCUUGGAGGAAAUUGCCUGGUUCCGCAUCGUUCUCGACGAAGCCCAUACAAUUCGCGAGCAAAACACGCUGUCGUUCAAGUCGAUCUGCCGACUACAGGCUAACCGCCGUUGGGCCGUGACUGGAACACCAGUUCAAAACAAGCUCGAAGAUCUUGCCUCCCUUUUGGCAUUCUUGCGCCUGAAGCCCUUCGACGACAGAAGCAAGUUUAUCCAGUACAUCAUUGCUCCCUUCAAGGCUGCUGAUCCGGACAUUGUGCCCAAACUUCGGGUUUUGAUUGACACCAUUACCAUCCGCCGUCUCAAGGACAAGAUCGAACUCCCGGAGCGCACCGACGAGGUUAUUCGCCUCGAGUUCUCCUCCGAGGAGCGCAAGGUCUAUGACCUGUUCAAAAAGAUGGCCGAGGAGCGUGUUCAGGUCUUGACGGGCCAGGGCACCGGCCAGACCCGCAUUAUGGGUGGCAAGACCAUGAUUCACGUUCUGCGGUCUAUUCUUCAACUUCGUUUGAUCUGCGCGCAUGGCAAGGAUCUGCUGAAUGACGAUGAUUUUCAAGAAAUCCAAGGCUUGUCGGCAGAUGCCCCAAUCGAUUUGGAUAGCGAGGACGACGACGGGAAACCGGCCCUGACUGAGAAGAAGGCCUAUGAGAUGUACUACUUGAUGCAGGAGGGCAGCAGUGAUUUCUGCAUCAAGUGCAACAACAAGCUUGGGGCCAUCGAGGUCGACGACCCAGAGUCUGAUCAGAACAACGACGUCUUGGGCUACAUGGCGCAGUGCUUCCACGUCUACUGCCCAACCUGCAUCAGGUUCGUGCACCAGCACGGCAAUGGCGAUAUGCAUCAGGGCUGCCCUACAUGCGCCUUUGCUCAAAAGGCUCACUGCGUUGAACUCCGCCGAAGCAAAGCCGAUGUUGAGCACGAGACCCGCCAGACGAAGACUCGGGCUGGCAAAAUCAUUCCUGAUGAUCGGUAUACUGGGCCUCACACAAAGACUCGGGCUUUGGUCGAAGAGCUUCUAGCCAACAAGGCCCGGAGUGAAGCCAAUCCGGACGAGCCACCUUACAAGUCUGUCGUCUUCUCCGGCUGGACUUCUCAUCUUGAUCUCAUUGAGAUCGCUCUCGACGACGCCGGUAUCACCCACUCCCGUCUGGACGGAAAGAUGACUCGCAACGCUCGCAACCAAGCCAUGGAGGCGUUCCGCGAUGAUCCUAAUGUACAAGUCAUUCUUGUCAGCAUCAUGGCGGGGGGUAUGGGCCUCAACCUGACAGCUGGCAACAGUGUCUUUGUCAUGGAGCCUCAGUUCAAUCCUGCCGCCGAGGCUCAGGCCAUCGACCGUGUACAUCGUCUGGGCCAGAAGAGGCCUGUGAGGACGGUGCGGUAUAUCAUGAGUGGCAGCUUUGAGGAGAAGAUGAUUGCGCUGCAGGAGAAAAAGAAACAGCUGGCCAGCUUGAGCAUGGACCGUGCUGAGGCCGAGGGAGUGAGAAGCCAGGGUGAUGCGGCGAGGCAGAGGUUGCAAGAUUUGAGAAGUCUCUUUAAAUAG